GGGGGGGGAGACGGGCAAUUAAACGGACAAUUCAUCAGCUUUAUAGCGGACAUUAAAACACGCCGGCAGAGAAAACGCUUUUUCUUUUGUUGUUUACACGUCUGACAGACAGAAACCGAGAGGGGAAGAAGAGACACGGGAACUUUCUCUGAAGUUGAAGCCACAAUCUCACCCGUCAACCAACUGCCAGAGGAGUAAGAGGAGCUUAACGACCGACCUGUAUUUUGGGAUACUACUUCGCGCAUGGCCGCGUAAAACGAGUAAUUUUUUUUUAACUUAAAGUUGAAGUUCGGCGUCGUGGCAGUCGGUAAAUGUUGUGACGUUUUUUAAGGAGAGCAGUACGUUGCUCCAGCGGUCGACGGUCGAGUCGUCGCGGGGUUAAAAGAAACACAAAAAACCCCGAGCUGUCAAACCCGAUGACGACCGCGAACUGCCCCGGGAACGGGGAGCUGGACUUCCGACUGAUUUUCGGAGAGGACGGACAGCAGCAGCCGUUGUGCCCCGCAGAUCUGGAGCCUGACGACAACACGUCCUUUUACAUCCUGAAUGUGGGCCAGCCCCAGUCGAUGGUCACCAACCACCAGUCGCUGGGCCUCCCUCGUCAUGGCAUGCAGUCGCACUCCCAGGUGAUCAGCGCGGCCCAACGCCUUCACUCGCACAAACCGGGAUCCGAACCGCCGAGCUAUGAGGCCCAGAACUCCAAGUACGGCACCUCCCCUCUGCUGCCCUCUGCCCCCAUGGAGGCGCCAAAGACCUUCGCGUGCCCCAGCAUCCAGAUCACUUCCAUCUCCCCCAGCUGCCAGCAGGAGAUGGACGCCAACGAGGAGGUACUGAGGGCCACUGGUCCCGAUGGGGACUACCACCACGGCGAUCAGCCCCUGUCCAGAGACCACCUUUAUUUGCCCCUGGACCACUCGUACCGGGACUCUUCGCUCAGCCCCAGUCCGUGCAGCAGCCUCUCCUCUCGGAGCUGGUUCUCUGACGCCUCCUCCUGCGAAUCCUUCUCGCACGUCUACGACGACGUCGACUCCGAGCUCAACGAAGCGGCGGCCCGCUUCACCCUGGGCUCCCCUCUCACGUCCCCGGGCUGCGUCUCCCCUCAAGCCGGCGGCGUGGUUUUGGAGGAGCAGGCCCACUGGCAGCACCACCACCCGGCUUUCGUGCACCACUCCCACUCCAUCGGCAUGUCGCCCAGACAGUCCCCCUAUCACUCGCCACGCACCAGCGUCACCGACGAGAACUGGCUGAGCCCGCGGCCGCCUUCGAGGCCUUCCUCGCGGCCCACCUCGCCCUGCGGCAAGAGGCGCCACUCCAGCGCCGACAUCGGCUACCCCGGCUCAUUGUCUCCCCAUCAGUCGCCCACGCCCACGCCGGGACCUUCACCCAGGGGCAGCGUGACGGAGGACACCUGGGUCGGCAGUCCGUCCGUGGGCAUGUCGCCCUUCCAGUGUUGCCCGGCCGAGGCAGACAUCCCGUCGAAGACGAGGAAGACCUCACAGGACAGAACGUCAAUACAAACCGGGAAAGGGGAGCUGGGGCUAGACGACCAAGGAAACAUGUCUCCUAAUCUCGACUCUCCUUCAGACGACGGCUUGCACAGCCUGAAAAAAGAUGGGCCCGGGGAACAGUUCCUGUCAGUGCCCUCUCACUUCUCGUGGAAUAAACCCAAACCUGGUCACACCCCGAUAUUCAGGACCUCUUCACUGCCUCCACUAGAUUGGCCACUGCCGAGCCAGUUUGGCCAGUACGACCUGAAGAUAGAGGUCCAGCCCAAAGCCCACCACCGAGCGCACUACGAGACCGAGGGCAGCCGGGGGGCCGUCAAAGCAGCCUCCGGAGGACACCCGAUCGUCAAGCUCAUCGGUUACAGUGAGAAGCCCAUCAACCUGCAGAUGUUCAUCGGAACGGCGGACGACCGUUACCUGAGGCCGCACGCCUUCUACCAGGUGCACCGGAUCACCGGGAAAACCGUCGCCACGGCCAGCCAGGAGAUUGUGGUCUCCAGUACCAAAGUUCUCGAAAUUCCUCUCCUGCCUGAGAACAACAUGACGGCGGGUAUCGACUGCGCCGGCAUCCUCAAGCUGCGGAACUCCGACAUCGAGCUGCGGAAGGGCGAGACGGAUAUCGGACGCAAGAACACGCGAGUCCGCGUGGUGUUCAGGGUCCACAUCCCGCAACCCAACGGGAAGGUGCUGUCGCUGCAGGCGGCCUCUAUUCCCGUGGAGUGCUCCCAGCGCUCGGCUCAGGAGCUGCCCCAGGUUGACAAAACCAGCCUGACCAGCUGUCUGGUCAGCGGUGGAGAAGAGAUGGUCAUCACCGGCUCCAACUUCUUCCCCGAGUCCAAGGUCAUCUUCCUGGAGAAAGGCCCUGACGGACGACCACAAUGGGAAGUUGAGGCAAAAAUAUUACACGAGAAAACUCAAGGGUCGUGCAUCAUGGUGGAGGUCCCUCCCUACCACAGUCAGUCUGUGGGCUCAGCUGUGCAGGUGCAGUUUUAUGUCUGCAACGGCAAGCGGAAAAGGAGCCAAUCCCAACGCUUCACCUACCUGUCAGUCUUGGUGAAGCAGGAGCACAGAGAAGAGCUGGACCUCGGAGCCGGGCCCCCCAUGUCCAUGCCCCUGGCACAUGCUGCCGGUCUGGUGCGCCCCCAGCUGCCUUCUCCUGAGCAGUGCCACCCAUCGGACAACCUUCUGUCCAGCUCCCCUCGCGGCCUGGCCGCCGGCUCCGGACCUGGCCUGCUCCCCCUGCAGAGCCCCUGCUCCUCCAUGGGCUCCCCGUCUUUCCAGCACCUGCCUCACCUCCAGGGUCGCAGCUUGCACCACCCUCCCGCGGACUGCCACAUGACGUUCCGCCCGAGCUCUGACCCCGAUCCUCUCCCCGCUCCGCCCCGGCCCUCCUACCAGUCCAUGCAGCACGGCCACAGCCACGGCCACGGCCUGCCCUUCAACGGCCAGCCCGGCCUCCCUCCCCAGGGCUACGACAGGAUGCCCUUUCAGCACAGCCCCAGUGCGGCGUCACACCCGAUAAGCAUGGGAAUGGUGUACCCUUGCUCCUCGCCAUCAGCUCCCUCCUCUUCGACCACCAACCCCAUUGGUGGAUCUCCCCAGAGCCAGCAGCCCCUUCUUUCCCCCUCGUCCCCACACCUGCACACACUCGGAGGCUACCACUGCUCCCCGAAUCCCACCCGGGUGCCCUCUCCCGGUGUCCACCCCCUUGUGGGACAGCACUCCUCCCAGCUGCAUAGGGCGAUGGGCUACCACCCGGUAGGUCAAAGGUCGGUCUCGUGUCCCACGCCGUCCAGCACCCCCGCCCCGAGGAUGAUCCCCUCGCCCCACUCGGGGUCUUCCUCCCCUCAGCUCCACUCGCUGCCCUACCACUCCCCCACCUCGUCCUCCCCCACCUCCGGCGGCAGUCCUCUGGGGCCGAUGCAGCAGCAGCAUUCGGGACAGCCGUCUCCUCAGGCCACGAGCCCGGUCAUGGCCAGCCUGUCCCCGGCGGCGGGGGGGCCUCUGGGUCACCCUCUGAGCCCUCAGGGGCCGUUCCCCUCGGACGAAGAGGGGCUGACCAUCAAGCAGGAGCCCGAGGAGAGAGAGCCCACCUUCCGCUCCAUCGGCCUGCAGGACAUCACGCUGGACGAUGUGAACGAAAUCAUCGGCAGAGACAUGUCUCAGUCCCCCAGCACCCAUGGUCCUCCAUCAGCACACAACCAGUCAUAGCCCAGCCCACGCUCAGGCCCCCCCCCCCCCCCCCGACGCAGCCUUCUGGGUCAUGAACCACCAAACCCCCCCCCGCGGACCCCGGUCUUGGUCCUGAUUCUGGUCCUGGUGCUGGUCCUUUUUUGUGAUAGGACAAGAGGGCAGGAUGAAGACAGAAUACGGCUGCAGCCUCGUGGAGCAAGAAGACGCUCCCAUUUGUCUCCUCUGAUUUCAUUUGAAACAUGUUCUCUUUUUGAGAGAUAUAGAUUUUUUUUAAACACACAGAUUAAAGAGAAAGGUGUGCAGGAGAAGUCACAUCCAGGUUGAAAGGGUUUGAAGAAUAUAAGACGGGACCCGUCUCUCUUCAUCAGGUGUAGCGCCGCUGUCUUCCCGACCAAUCAGCUCUCCGCGGCUAUGCAGCACCGGCUUUUUUAAAGUAACUCUCCCUCCCUCUCUCACCGGCGUAGACCUUCAUGAAAGGAGAACGUCUGGAGAGAUUUAAGAAGAGGAGUGCACAGCGCUCUCACGGCGAGCCGGAGCUGGGAUCCAAAAAAACAGUUUCAGUCCUCUGCAGUGAAAGAGAUGAAACACCUUUUUGUUAAAUUAGAUUCUGGACACUAAAACUCUAAAAAGAACAUUCUGGGUUUCUCAAAAGUUUGGAGAGGGAAAACAAAUUGGAACAAUUUGAAGUUGAAGAUUAAAAAUUAGUUGUACAUUUGUAAUUACCACAUUCAGAUCAAACCACAAUGAGGGAUCAGAAUUUAAAUGAUGGGUAAAAACAACAACAACAACAAUUUGAAUUUGAAUAUCUGGUUGAACUUUACAAUCACAGUUUUUUUUUUCUCUCUCUCUCUCGGCUCCUUCGUGAGAACGUCGUCCACUCCUGGAUCCUUUUCCCUUCUUUUUUAAUUAUAGAUGAUGUCAUCAUUAAGGUCUGGAGUGCAGGGGGGGGGGGGGACGUGGUCCUCCGACGCUGGUCUGGGAUCUGCAACCUGCAACAUUCCACAACUUUUAGUAACCUUGUCGCUGUGUAGAUAUCUGUGCAUGACUCUCUCUCUCUCUCUCUCUCUCUCUCUUUCUCUUUCAUCGCGUCCUCCCCCUCCGGUAUUUCUUUCUCUUCAAGUUGAACAAAUGCCUUAUUUAACACUGAGCAGCUUUGAAUGGUCGCUAAAGCUUUUUGUUGUUGUUGUUGUUGUUUUGCACAGCUGGCUUGGUGUGUGAUGAUGAUAUUGCUUCUCAGAAAGAUGGUUUUCAUGAAUCCUGACGAGGGUUUCAGGACGGAGUUCGCCCUCUAAUUUGUAUUCAAAGAUAUUUGAAGAUUAUUUCCACGUUACAAAGAAGUGUUUUUAUUCACCGGCCUCUGAAAAUUAAUUUUUUUCAUGCAAUAAACUCCCCAAAUCUCCCAGGGGCCCUCGCGUGCCUUUUGAAUUCCUAACAGCCACCGUACCCGCGAUGGUACGACAUUUAACGGGAAACACGAUCCGACUGUAACGUUUUUGAAAGUAUUUUAUACAUAAAGAUGUUUAUAUAUUGCGUAGAUUCGACUGUUCCCCCCUCCGUAAUGAACAAGGUAAACAAAUAUCCCAAAGUCGAGAGAAGAACAUCUUGAUGCGCUUUCCCUGUUUGCGACCGUCGAUGUGUUCUGCCCACGAUGCCCGGAGGACGUUCCCGGUUCUGUAUUCAGAUUAUUCAGAUUAUUCAGAUAUGCAAUAACUCGUCUCCUCAGGCGGAUUCCCGUCGGCUCGCCGUUUCGUUUGCCUCGACGGUGACGCUCCGGCACAGGAGAGCGGGAGGAGCGCCGCUUUACGCCGGCGUGAAGUCACUCUCCAGGUGAACAUGAGUCUGUUCUGCAUUACGAUGUCUGCCCGAUGCCUUUUAAAGAUGAGGAGAAGGAGAAAACCCCUCGAUGCCUCUGGAAGUCUGUCGACGUGUUGCAGGUGCUUUAAUAACGCUGUGAGCAUCCCGGAGGCCACCGGCCAAUCUGCCUUGUUUAGGACGCUGUGUGUGUGUGUGUGUGUGUGUGUGUGUGUGUGUGUGUGUGUGUGUGUGUGUGUGUGUGUGUGUGUGUGUGUGUGUGUGUGUGUGUGUGUGUGUGUGUGUGUGUGUGUGUGUGUGUGUGAGAGAGUAAGUGUGUCUGUGUGUGAGAGAGAGAGUAAGUGUGUGCUGGUGUGUGAGAGAGAGAGAGAGAGUAAGUGUGUGUGUCUGUGUGUAUGUGUAUGUGUGAGUAUG